CGCCCAGGGCCCGCCAUCUUGUGCGGCAGCGAGCAGGGCGCGGGGGGCCCCGGUAGCAUCCGCGCAGGAUCCCGCCGACGGGGGCCCAUCAUGCCGGGACACCUGCAGGAGGGCUUCGGGUGCGUCGUCACCAACCGCUUCGACCAGCUCUUCGAUGACGAGUCCGACCCUUUCGAGGUGCUGCGCGCGGCGGAGAGCCGGAGGAAGGAGAGCGGCGGCGGCGGCGGCGGGAGCCAGGCGGGCGGCGGGGCCCGCGGCGCGGCGGGCGCGCAGAGCGUCUCGGGCGGGGCCGGCGGCGGCGGGGGACAGGCGGGCGGCGGCGCGGUCAGCGCGGCCAAGCAGCUGCGCAGGGAGUCGCAGAAGGAGCGCAAGAACCCGCUGCCGCCCUUCGCCGGCGGGGACCGCCGGGAGGACGGCGGGGGCCAGCCCGGCGCGCCGCUGCGGAAGGAGGGGAUAAGGAGGAUUGGCAGGAGGCCUGAUCAGCAGCAGCAGCAGCAGCAGCAGGGGGAUGGCAAACCCAUUGACCGGAGACCUGAACGACGACCUCCCCGGGAGCGCCGCUUCGAGAAACCCGCCGAGGAGAAGGGAGAAGGGGGAGAGUUCUCUGUCGAUAAGCCCAUCAUUGACCGACCCAUGCGUGGACGUGGUGGACUGGGCCGGGGCCGUGGCCGUGGCCGCGGGAUGGGCCGAGGAGAUGGGUUUGACUCCCGUGGCAAACGGGAAUUUGACAGACACAGUGGCAGCGAUAGAUCCGGCCUAAAGCACGAGGACAAGCGUGGUGGCAGCGGCUCACACAACUGGGGAACCGUGAAAGACGAGCUCACUGAAUUGGAUCAGUCAGCUGUAACUGAGGAAACGCCAGAGGGAGAGGAGCAUCCGCCUGCUGAUUCUGAAAAUAAAGAGAAUGAGGUUGAAGAAGUUAAGGAAGAAGGCCCUAAGGAAAUGACCCUGGACGAGUGGAAAGCCAUUCAGAGCAAGGAUCGUGCAAAAGUUGAGUUCAACAUCCGUAAACCAAACGAGGGGGCUGACGGACAAUGGAAAAAAGGAUUUGUUCUUCACAAGUCAAAGAGCGAGGAGGCUCAUGCUGAGGACUCUGUAAUGGAUCAUCACUUCCGCAAGCCCGCGAAUGACAUCACAUCCCAGCUGGAGAUCAACUUUGGAGACCUGGGCCGCCCCGGCCGUGGCGGCAGAGGGGGCCGGGGGGGCCGAGGGCGCGGAGGCAGGGCCAGCCGUGGAGGCAGGACUGACAAGUUGGUUAAGGAGUUUGACGUGAUCCACACGCCCAACCAGUCAAGUGCUUCUGCUCCUGACGUAGAUGACCCAGAGGCUUUCCCAGCUCUGUCCUAAACUGGAUGUCAUAAGCCAACCCUGCCCUGGUCGGGCUCUCCUCUCCGAGGCUUGCAUGCUUAAGGAUCCUAAAACAACUAAGAAACUUAAAAAAAAAAAAAAAAAAAAAAGAGACUGUCAUUCAUACCAUUCACACCUAAAGACUGAAUUUUAUCUGUUUUGAAAAUGAACUUCUCUCGCUACACAGAAGCAACAAUAUGGUAGUCAGUUUUGUAUUUAGAAAUGUAAUGGUAGCAGGGAUGUUUUCAUAAUUUUUUCAGAGAUUAUGCAUUCUUCAUGGAUACUUUUUUGUAUUGCUGCUUGAAAAUAUGCGUUUCCAAACUUGAAAUAUAGGUGUGAACAGUGUGUACCAGUUAAAAGCUUUCCCUUCAUUUGUGUUCAUUUUUUAAAUUCAGGAUUUUAGACUUUUUUCCCCAACUCCAGGCUGGGUUUUAAGUAUUGCACACUAUUUCCAUUUCCUUAAUUCCUGUUUAGCAGAUUUUUCUCAGCCCCUGGUCUUUUGGAAUAUGUGGAUUACGAAUUUGGCAGACUGUUAGUGCUAUAUGGAAUGAACUCCUGGAGUACUUUAGUUUUAAUGCCUAAUUUCAAACAUGGAAAACCAGUAAUUUUUCAUCUCUUUUGGGUAGUUUGUUUACACAAAACCUUUAUACAAAAUUGAUACCAGAUACUUGAAAUCAAGAUUGAAAGCACAUUGGUUUGUAGUUCAAUACCUGUAUUGAUCCAGAAUGAUGUGUGGGUAACUGGUCUGAAAACCAGGUUUUUAAAAUUAAUGUAUCCCACCUUCACUCACCCUUCUGACCUUUAUUCCCUCCUCCUUCCUUCAACAGAACAAGAUGCUUUGUUGGCAAAAAAAAAAAAAGAGUUUUUAAAUUACCUUUGCUUUUUGUUUGAGAGGAUACCCUGAGAUUUGGGGAAAUUCCUGUUGUGGGAGCUGGGAUAGCCUGAGAUGGGGGUAAUUCCUGUCGUUGGAGCUGGGAGGUGGGGGAAGGCAGUAGCUGUGGCUGGGCAGUCCACAUGGACUCAGGUGGGAUGGGGGAUUGAGCAGCACAGUCUGGCACACAGGUACAGCACCUGCUGUACUCCCAGCACUGCUCCCACGUCUUCUGAGGAAGGAACCCCAGCCCUUUGCUGGCUCUGGCAGGAGGGAUUUUUGGCUCAUCAUCUCAGGUGGAGACAUGGCACAACACAACAAAAAAUGCAGAACGAAGCCCCAACACUUCAGCUCUCCAUCAGAAUUUAGCCCUGGCUUUGUGCAGUGCUCAGGAUCCAUUGGGUAGAUCACCGUGAAUGUUUUUCUGAGAGUGAUUGUAAGAAACCCCUUCUUCCCCUCUGAAAAUUCACUGUAGGUUUAAUUUCAUCCCUGUGAGUAGGAACAUCACCACACACAAAAGGAGUUGAGCAAAUAACUAAUGAAGAGAAUUUCUUAAGGUUUUUAUCUGCAGCAUUUGUUAGGAGAUCAAGAACAGAUUUCCCACUUUAUUUCUAGUUUUACUCUUUGGACAGCUUAGAAAAUAUUUGUAGUUUCUUAACUAGGUAGAUAGAAAACUAAAGGUAACACGCUAUUUUUUUAAAAACUGUACAGGACUGGCAAGAAGUGUUGGAGACCUUUGGGUAUGAAAUCCCAACCUCCUCAGGUAUGAUGUUAGUGGCUGGCUUGCUUUUCCUGAGCGAUUUUCUACAAGCGGUUGUGUUGUGAACCACUGUGGAUAUCAUUGGUCUCUUCAGUGCACUCACCUGUAUUUAAAGCUCCAGGGUGUGAGGAGGAGGGUGGUAAAAUCUCUUGGUUCAGCUCCCCUGACCUUGCACUCUGUGUGGGGCAGGUCCAACAUGGAGUUGUUCCUCUUCCCCUGCCGUUGUGGUUUGGUGGGGUGUGUUGCAGUUCCAGUGCUGGGAACACCUUGGAUAACACAACUAAUUCCUUAUGCAGAAACACUUAGAGCAGAACUUUCUCUGGAGUAUAGGCUUCCUUCCCCUUUUCCAAACUAUUUGCCAUUCCAGUUGCCAUUCUGCUUUUUCCCAGAUGAUUCUGAGCAGGGAUUUAGGACCCUGCAAGCUGGAUUGAGCCAGCUGCUUUCCCUUCUCCUGCCACGUAGCACAGAACAGUCCCAAACAGCACCUCAUGUGUGAUUUUUGAGACAGCUUGUACUUACACAUGGUCCUUCUGCUGUUGUGACAGAUGUAAAUCUGCCUCUUAAAGUCCAUUUGUGUCAAGAACUGAAAGUGUGAACAUUUAUCUUUAAUAUUGGUGGGUGUUAACUGAAAUAAAGGUUUAUUUUCAUGCUCUUUUAAAAAAAUGUCCUGAAAACACACAGAAAUGAAACCACUUAGGUUAAUAGUGUCCCAUCCAGGUUCUGCCUCAAGAGGUCCAGCCUACCUGUGGUGGUAGCUGGGCAUUCCCAUUAAUUCCCAGUAGCUUAUUUAUGACAGGAUCUUACUGUUAGGAACAUUUUCUGUCCUCUUGCUGCUUCUGCUGUCACAACGAAUCUAGAGGACUAGAUCUUUUAAAAUCUGAUCCAUUGGAAAAGAGGGUGAAGCAGAAAAAGUUAGAAACAUGUGAUGCAAACUGGCUUUGGAACGGAACGAUGGAAGAGCGUGCAAGUUCAUCUUGCAGCUGGAAUGCCAGGGGUGCUUUGAGGGAACAAGGGUGAUGAACCAGUGGAGAGAUUAGCAAGGAGUGGAAAAGGACUUGGAUUCUCCUAGAAUGUCAGAAAUCGGUGGGAAGAUGUGCAGCUGGAGGGGCUGAGACCACCCUGACCUUUAACAACUCUGGCCACAGUGAUGGGUUUGUGUAGCCACACCUCUGGACUAAUAAAGGCAGGUCUUGGAUCUAAAGCUGCCACUGUUCAGCAUGUGCCAACCUGCUUUCCUAAAAUCAUUCCAAGGACCAUGCUGCCUUCUCUUUGUAUUCCUGGCCUGCUCUGCCAUCCCCAGGGACCAGGCUUGGGGGUUUGAGCAGGGCUGAGUGUCCCAAGCAGGGCCAGUGAGGUGGGCACUGGCUGGGGAAGGGCGACCUGACUGGGGGAAAAUGGUUCCUUUGCCAUUAUUGGGAGACUUGGGUCCUUUACUGGAACACUUCCAAGUUGGAGCUAUAAAAGUCUGAUCGUUGUCCUACUAAUGAUUCUCGACUUAAAGCUUGAUUUAAACUGCCCUGUGUGGAUGUUUUAUCUGGAGACUUGCAGAAUGAGGAGAAAAUGGACUCCAGUGUUCUGUUUGUAUGUUGAAGUAGAAGAUCAACACACAGAAGUGGAUGGAUGACAAAGUAGUGCUUUAAAAAAAACAACAAACACUUUUUUGGCUUCUGAUUGCCUUUCUGGGUGUCUAAUUUGGUUGUACACAGCUGACUUGAGGUACUGAUUUGUGAUAUGAUGCCCAGCCAGAACCCUCUUGCCAGGGAGGUUGCCAGGUGAGGUGUGGAGAGCAGGAAACUGCUGUUGCAGUCCAGAUGGAGCUGAGUAAUGGGAAUAACCUCGGGCUGUUAGAAGCUCCAGGGGCAACUUGUGGGUAUUGACAGGCACCAGCCUGUCCUGCAGUGCCUUUGAACAUGGGAGCACUGGGGCUUCCUGUAGAAGGAACACAGCCACAACAGGAAUGAAAACAGGGAACAGGCUGACAGAAAUCCCCCAGAGCCGGCCCUGGGGAUUUGCUUGUCUCUUCACACACAGGGCAGUGUGGAAAACCCCAGCCUUGAGGUAUCAGCCUCAUGGUGCAGGUGCAUCUCUGUCACAGCUCUGCCAGGAGACCUUUGCUGUUCCUGUCAGGUGGGAUAAUGGCUGUCCAUGGAGGUGCUCUGGGAUUGUGGUAUCACAGAAGGGUUUCAUCAGCAGUUUUGCCACUGCUCAGCAGCUCAUGUAGCUGUCAGUGGAUGGAGAUUGGCCACCUCUGCCUGGGGAGGAAGAGGAGGGUGCUCCAGGUAAGUUCAGGCCUGGACUACUUCAUCUCUAGCAGCAAUGUUUUGGCUUUAUUUUUAUUUUUAAAGACACCUUGUUCUGUGUAAAGCUGCAGCAUAGCCCUGGAGCUUGACCAGAGAAAACAACAGGAAACCAAUUUCAGAUUUCCAACAUUUUAUUUAUAUACACACACAUCUAGUAAACAAAGUCAUAAAAUGUGUAACACACUUCAAACCUGUAAUUAGAAUACUUCAAUAAAUGAUUAUAAUUCCUCUUGACAGUC